AUGAGUCCCAUACCGGAUAUGCAAUGGAAGGAGCAUGAAGUGGUGCCCAAGCCCAGUGACCCAGAGGAACUCAUACUGGAAGCAUGGGCGCAGGGCUAUCUGGUUGGGUCCCUCAUCAUCAUGGCCUUCAUCACGCUGGCCAACAUGAGGCGAGGCGUGCUGUUGCACAAGUUAAUUCUACUCGAACUCAUCCUCGGCAUAUGGCAAGGAUUUUGGCUCUUCUUCCCCAGUCCUGUCCACGCGUGGUGGCUCUCCGUUGCCGCCAUCUUCCUAAACGCUUCAUGGUCUCUGCAUAAUGUCAUUGCCUGGAUGAAGAUUAAACCAUUUCUCUCCAAGCCUGUCAGCUACAUCUUCAUCGGCACUGUAAUCCUCGCUCAGUCAUACUGGAUCCUGGAGAUAUACGCCAACUUCGCCUACUUCCAUGGCGUUAACAAGAUAUUUCUGUCUACACGGCCGUACGAGGCGCUAUGUCGCGAUCCUUGGUGGAUUUUCACCACCAUCUAUCUCUUCUGGGUCAUCAAGACCCAGUACGAACUGAGCCUCAAAGAAAUCAUACGCAUCUCGCCACGUUUCGGCAUCAUGUUGUUGUCCAUGUUGCUCAGCAUAAUCUUCAUCAUCCUAGACAUUCUUACCGUUACACGGGCUAUUGGUCUUCCAGGUCCUACAGGCAUCAAUCCCUUCUGGAAGUUUGCAUUUGUCUUCAAGUGCCUGACGGACUCUGUUGUUCUCGACGAUUUCAAGGUGGCGCUCGACCGCCUGCGAGCCUUCAGGAUCAGUCGAUUGGGCAGCUUUUCGGGUGACAUGAGCGAUAGUCGGAGUCGUCCUGACAACAACCUUGUCGCCACGUGGGAAGAGAUGGAGAGGGAAGCCAACGCGCUUCAGAAUGUGCGCAGCCCAGAUGGCGACUACAUACAUCCCAGCAACUUCCCAUACAAGCCAAAGCGGGCGCGCAGGCCUCACAAAGACUCAGUCAUGUUUCCCAAUCAACCGGAUUACCGGGACUCUAAUGCUGGAUUGGAUCCGGAAGAUAUUGUACCCAGUGCGUUAGGUGACGGUCCAAUGAGGGCGGAUGCACAACCCGUGCAGAAGAAACAACAUCAAUUUAUUGACGACAUGGUCAACCACAACAGAAGAGAUUUGGUUGCUGAGAACGACUAUGCUGAGGCGAUGAGGGAUAUGCAGCGAGAUAGUGUAUCCACACCUAUUCGAACGAGCGAAUCUACCCGUCGAGCCACGCCACCAGGCUGA